UCCGGGACUUUAGGUGGCGGUAUUUCGGUAUUAUAUACAAGAUUAACCAACUAGUAGUUAGAUUUGUUCACAACUGGCAGUGCAACACUUCGGUUUGACCAUCGUAUAUUAAAUGUUGCUUUUUUAUCGCAGUGUUUAAGUAUUGCCUGUGAAGCAUUGCAGGCAGGACGAGAAUGUAUGUAUUCUUUAUGUAUUACUGAGGCUUAUUGGGAACUAUCCAAACAAAAGGCUGAUCUUGUCUUUUUAAGCUGUCAGCCCCAUGACAUCGGCCCGCUAAAUGUCAUACUUUGACACUUCACAUCUGAUCCAAUGAACUCAAGGGAAGGACUACACCAGUUCAUACAGUAAUUAAAGGUAAACUUACAGGUAAUAUUUAAAUGGAACCGACACAAGACGCCCCGCUGACCUCCACGCCAGUCCGCAACUCCUCCAAAGACUUCCUGUCCAACAUCUCCAGAACAAAAGAAGUGGAGCCAGAAAGCAGCAAAUUCACCAAUCAGUUGGAGACAUCAGAGGUAGAUUCAUCAUGCUGCCAAUCAAAGUCUGUAAGAAAACGUGAAAGUGCUCCCGCUUCCCCGAUAAGAAGACUUAGAAAUAGGGUGGUGAGAGAGCAAAUACAGACGCGCAGUCAAACCAGAAGAACUCCAGCCAAGCGCAGGCGAGGCAGGACGCGGAAUGUGCCGAUGACUGAGAGAACCACAUCUCAGUCAUCGGAGCACUCCACGCCUGAUGCUGCAGAGCAAGAAGACUCUGUACUGUCUUCAGAUCUGUCAAUAGAGCUGAGUCACCAUGAGGAACAGGUGCCAUAUUUGUUCUGCCAGGAUGAUAAUCCUAGUGAGGAGGACGAGGAGCUACCCAGUUUUUUGAUGCAGCAGGAGAAAAAUCCUCCAGCCAUUACAGGAGGAGCCUUUGUGUGGUACAAAUAUAGAAGUUACCCAUUCUGGCCUGCAUCGGUAAAAAGUGUGAACCGUAAGCAGAAAAAAGCGAGCAUCAUAUUCAUUGAUGACCCAUUGAUUCACCAAAAGAAAGGGUUGGCUGUGGCUCUGAAAACCCUGAAGCCUUUUGGCUGUGAAGAAGAUCAUGAGCUGGAGUGUAAAGCCAAAGAAAAGUAUAAUGCUGCAAUUGAGUGGUGCUUGGAUCUUAUAACAGACUACAGAAUAAAGAUCGCUUGUGGCUCAUUUUCUGGCUCCUUCCUCGAGUACUUUGCUCACGACAUGAGCUAUCCAUUGAGGAGAAAGUACCCGAAGGCAGCCUCAGAGAGACUUACCAUCCCCAGUGAAUCGGCAGAUGUGAUUGAGGCACCAUUUCAGGAUUAUGGCUUCAGUGACCAGCAUGAGGAGGUCAGCACGAGUUUAAAAAGGUUGCUGCCAGACCGGAGUCAUGCCACCCACGACCGUGCUAACAAAAAGCUGGUACAUUUCAUCGUAAAGCAGCGCAUGGUGGAAGGACGCCUUCUGUCUGUGAUCAGUGGGCAGCAGCCGUCCAGAUGGCUUCGCUCCUUUCUGAGUGAUCGGCGUAGGAUGGUGAACGUAUUCUUGGAAGAUGACCAGCAGUUGGACCAGGUCUACAGGUACCUAAAUGAACUCUACACAACAGCAGAGGCCAUCGCCCCUUGUCUACAUGGGAUAGACAUGCAGCUUGUCUCCUUUGUCCUGGAUGUGCUUCUUCCUGAGGCCAUCAUCUAUGCCAUUGCUGGGGUGGACAAUGUCCCAGUAAAAAAGGCAGAAGAAAAGUACCUUAAAGGACGAUGCAUAAGUAAAAGAGAAAGACAGGAGUUUGACCUAAUGAUUGAGCAACAGAUGAGGAACAAAUGCAAGUGUCAGAGCACUUCACCUGAUUUAUUGGAUGACCCCAUCAGUUAGAAGGCUGAUUAAUGUGAAAUAAUUGUAUUCUUUUUUUUCAAACAUUUUUUUAUACAAGCAAUGAUGCAUUAUUUUGUGCCUUUUUUUUUUUUAAAUCUGAAAGGAUUUAAUUAAAUUCUCCUUUGCCUCUUUUUAAGAUGCAUCCCUAUAAAUGGUGUGUUAUCACUGCAGAAAUAAUGAUAACAAAUGAUUGGUAUACUUUUGGAAUGAGGGCAAUUAUUGUCUGUGUACAGUGCUAAAUCCUUUGCAAAGCAAUUAUUUUGUUUUGCAAAUCAUGUGUUUAUCCAUCCUUAAAUGCUUAUGUGCUAUUCAUUUGUCAAACAUUAAAUGCUAUUACACACUAAAUACUUGACAAGUGCUUUAUAAAACACGGAUCUUUUAACACAAGUUAUCACAACAGCUCAACCACCAUGGGGCCAACAAUUGUAGCUCUUGUCUAGAAGGCCUAGAAGGUUGUAGCAAUAUCUAUUGUCAAUAACCUUGUUAUAGAAAAUAUAUAUAUAUUGAGAUCAUAGUAAUGCACUUGUCUCCCUCCCCCAAAGUCCUACACAAAUUAGGUUGAUUCCUUUGCCAAAAAAGACACAAGAACAAACAAGGAGGAAGAUUAAUUAUACUGAUAACCUUAUUUAUAAAUAAUAUUGUUUUAGUUCAUUAUCAGCAUCUUUGACAAUAUUGUGGUGAAAGGCUAAAGUGUAAAUCUUACGCGGUCAUCAUAUUCUGCAGUCUGAAACAGAUGUCCUAACAACCACAAGAAGAAGCAUUGUGCUAAGAGGAACAAUACAUCUCAAGCUAAAAACCAUUAUGACAUCAGCACAUCUCUGUAUUUUUCUCCAUCUUUAUUCAUUUAUACUUAUUAUUUGGUAUUUUUAAGCUUCAAUCUUUUCUUCCACCACGAGAAGUUGAUAUUUUUUCUGCUGAAACACUUUAGUCAACUUUAAGCCGUUAGAAAAAAAUGUCAUUAUGUUUGUUUAUUUAUGAUCUAUUCAAUAGUGGCACAUCUCCACUUCCAAUGGGACGUCAGGCCUGUUGUGGGGUUUCUGUGUUAUUUUAAUACAUCCAUGGGUUUCUGGGGUGGGUGUGCAGCAGCAGUUGAAAGAAACGCUCGGCCUCCCUCAAACAACUGGGAAAAACCAAUUUAGUAUCAGAUCCAAUAGUAUGUACCUGCAAUACCGGAGGCUGCAGUUUCAGGACCAACACCAUUUUGCAACACCAUCUAGGGAAUUGGAUGCUCGCAAAAGUACAACCAUCGAGUAUUGAGUCUACUACACAGCGAGUCUGUUUUAGACAUUGUAAUGCUUGUUAUUAACGAUCUAUGAAUGCAUGAAAAUACUUGUUUCUUACGGAAAUUAAAGAAAUAUGAUGAAAA